AUGGCCGUCGGGAGCUCCUACGGAGAUCAGCUUCGGGCCAAGAAGCGCGUGAUCUUAUUGCUCAGCGAUGCCAUUGAUAGACAGGAAGCCAUCGAAACAGAGAGCCAUCGAGAGACAUCGGAGCCCGCAGAAAACAUGGCAGACCUCCCCAGUGAACAUACUCAACAUGCCGAACUCGUCAGCGACGCCAUCCCGCCCCCACCCCCCCAGACCCGCGAGCCGCGGCGCGGUACCAACGAGGCCUCCCGCCGUCUCCGGAAAUAA